AUGUAUUUUUUAUUUUUUAUAUAUAAAAUUAAUAAAUUAUAAAACUUUUUUUAUUUAAUAAAAAUAUAAAAUAAUUUUUAAAAAUAAUACUUAUAUGUACCCAUAAUCUCCUCUUUUAUAAUAGCCAACUCUUAGUAUGUACUAUAUAUUUUUUUAUAAUAAAAAAAAAUAGUUAAUUAAUAUAAAAACGAGUGGUCCUAUCUUUAAGAUUUAUAAUUAAAAAAUAAAACUAAUAUAUUUAAGAUUAAUAACAGCUAGAAUUCGACAUUAAAAAUAGAUACAGGUAAGAUCUUAUAAAUUCAAUACAAUAGCAUCAAUAAGUUAUACAUUAAAAUUAAGAAUUAGAUAAAGGAUUAGGAAUAUAAUAAUAAUUACAUUAGAAAGUAAAAUUAAAAUAUUAUAGUUUUUCUAAAAAAAAAAAAAAAAAAAAAGUUAAUGUAAGAUUAUCAUAAUAAAAGAUAAUAAUAAAAUGAAAUUUAAAAUAAAAACUGUCUUAGUUUUAAUCAUAAUUUAAUUGAAUAAAAAAGAGAAAAUUAAAUAAAAGAAAAAGAAUACGAUAAAAUUUUAUUUGAGUAAAAUUAAAAAAAAGCUUAAUUGGAGGAAGAGAAAAUGAGGAAUAUUUAAAAAUAAGAAAAGGAGUUUGUAAAAAAUGAAUUAUUAUUAAAAAAUCAAACAUAAGAAGAUAUUAAAAAAAUGUAAUAAAUAAGUAUGAAUGAAAGAAACAAAUUAUUAGGAUAAUAAGAAUAUCAAAAAAUAGUCUAACAAGAUGAAAAAAGAAAAUAAUUUUUAGAUAAUUUAAAACAAAAAUGUUCAUUAAGAUAUUAAAAUCCUGUUUAAAAUGUAUUUGAGGAACUCUAUAAAUAAAAUAUUGAGAAUAGAUAGAAUUUCGAGAGAAAGUUUGUAGAUGAACCUUAAUAAUAAAAAUUAAAAAAAUAAUAGGAAAUGCUAGAAAAUCAGUUUUAUUAGAAUUAAAAAGCUAAAAAAGAUAUUAAUGAUACUCUUAAACUUUAAAUAGCAAUUAAACAAGAUAUUUAACAUUAAUAAGAACAAGAAAAACAUAAUUAUUAAUAAUUUUUAAAUUAAAAAGACCAAGAAGGUUUAGAACAUGAUAAUUAAAUAAAAAAAUAUUAAUAUGAUUAGAAAAAAGAAUAUACUAUUAACUUAUUAAAUUAAGUAUAUAUAAAAUACUAUUAUUAUUUUAAUAAAUAUAUACUAAUAUAAAAAUUUAAAAAAAGAUGUAGUAAAAACACAAAGGAAAUAAUGAUUAUAUGA